AUGAAUCGUCAUCUGCUAUCUAUUGAUCUGAAUUUAUCACAGUUUCUAUCCAACUCCAGUGUAGAAUUAAAUCUACGAAUAUUUACUACACACUUGGAAAGUUGUGCAGAAUAUUCUGGUGAACGAGUGACUCAAUUGAAAAGUGUUUGGGAUACAAUGUCCAGUUAUGUCAAGUGUGGCGAUUCUAAAGCUCGUUUAAACAAAGGCCGUGCAAGUAUAUUUUGCGGUGACCUUAAUCUGAGGGAUUCAGAGCAUAGAAUUAUGUACGAAAUGGUUAAAAAUUCAGACGAAACAGUCUGCAAAAUUAGAACGAACUUUUACCAGGAAAAUAUUUGUCAAAAUUAUGUUCGCUCGGAUAAAUUUAAAAUAUAUACAAAUUAA